AUGAAGCCUCCACCAAGGCUGCCCGCCCCCGCCCCCCUCCCCGGGCCGCGCUAUGGGGGCGACGUGGCCCAUGGCGCCGUCUGGAGCGCCCUCGAGAAGCGGCAGCUGCUCCGACUACUGCAGAUUCGGGAUUUCCUCCAGCAGCUCAAGAACCCUGUGGCCCGGGAAGCCAUUCAGAAGGUGCAUCCAGGUGGACUAAAGGGUCCAAGGCGUCGGGAAACACAGCCCCCAGCUCCCAUCGAGGUGUGGAUGGAUCUGGCUAAGAAGGUCACAGGCCCACCGGAGGAAGCUCUGACUGUGGCUUUCUCACAGGCGCUCACCAUCAUGGCCGUGGAGCCCGUCAGCCUCCUGUACUCCAAGGUGUCCAAGCCAACGCAGGCACAUGGAAAACUACUGCCCUUUAACACCCCUAGCAGACAAGAGAAACCGAGCCCUGAGGCUGCUGGCCCCACCCCUGAAGCAGCUGCUGGCCGCUCUGCUGAGGGAGACCUCGAAGUGGAUUUUGAAAAGAUCUACAAGUACCUGUCAACCAUCUCCCACAGCUGCCAUGCCCCUGCGCUUUCCCCCGCUGAGUCAGCUGUGGUCCUCCACCUGCUCAUGUCACAUCCUGAGGAGCUGUCUCACCUGCCCUGUGCAGCCCUGGUUGAGCAUAUGAUGGAUACAUACCUACAUCUGAUGGCCCCCCAGUCUGCCCCCAGCGGUGGGAACCUGGGACCAGGAGGUGAGGUUUGUGGGACUUGCUCUAGGGAAAUAUGGCAUUCCUGGUGGCUGAACAUCCGGCACGCCUGCUCAGACUUCGCCCUCCACCAAGUGCACAGACUGUCCGUCUGCCGACCCCCAGCGUCCCACGUGAGACUGGAACUGGUCAACGUGCUUGUGUGCCUGCUGACCUACUGUGAGCACCCUGUUCAGCAAGACGGUGACAACUUGAAAAGUUUACAAAGCAGGUCUCUCGCUGACCAGCGCUUCUGCGAGAUCACCCUCCGGGGAAGUUUGGAGACUCCCCCAGGGAGGCAGCGGCAGUGA